UAUUUAAGAAAAGGAAACAUGAAAACAUGUAGCUAUAAAGCUUUUUUCCUAUGUAUUCUUUCUAUUUGAUACACAUUCUGUAGCUACUUUUAUUUGUGCAUGGAAUGCUAUAAAACAAAAGGAGUAAAAGGAAUUGUGCUGCUGGUAAUAUUGUUGCCAAACGCAAUGUUUCUGGGACGACUACCCUUCUGCAUUUAAGAACACAGACAAUGCACCUAAAUUCAAAUUUCUUAUUGAUACCGGUUCUAGAUGCAGACAACUACAAAAGACCAGAAGUAGUGCCUGUUGUCACCUGUAAAAGGAUGUAUAAUGCAGAUUAUAAAAACUGUAGCUUAUUUUCUUAAUAAAGCAGAUGCAAAAGGGGGAUUAAAUGGGAAGAAACAACUUCUGUAGCCAGAUGCACAACAUACUAAAUGUUGCAGCAACACGUAACUGUUUUACUUACUCAGCACAAAACGGUGUGGGAUCUAAAUAAAUUGUGAAAAAAUGCCAGAUGUGUUUCUAUUUUUAAUAUUUAAAUGGUUGCUGUAUUAAAAUCAAUUCAAUAAAUGCCAAGGUGUGCAAUCAUCCACUGGACCUCUAUUUUUUCUGUCAGCUACAGUGACAAUGGCAGAAAAGGAGCAAGAAAAGCCUGUGGACAAGGACCCGGAACAGCAGUGUGGUGUCUCCAACACUACAAGUGAUAACAGUGCCCAAGCCAGUAACAGGAUUCACGACUUCAGUCUGCAACCUCAACAGAGCAGUGAAUGUAAUCAUCCAUUCCCCCGAUCUCCAAAACUGGGAAGAGCAGCAACAGGGAGAAACUUAGAGGCAAGGCUGACCCAUCACCUUGAAGAACUCAGUGCUGAAAAAGCAAAAACUGAAGCUCACAUCCGGUCUUUAAAGAAAAGAAGCCUUGACCUAAGAGGUACUGCAGAUCUGAUGAAACAAGAGCUCUCUGAAAGAUACGAUACAAUAAGAAAAGCACUGCACAGAGAUGAGCAAGCUACUUUAGAAACUAUAGAAGAAGACAACAGAGUGACCAGUGGUAGGCUAAACAAAGUCAUCAAGGGAUGGAGUGAGCAUCUGGCACAGGUUCAAAAGGAAUUCAAAAACAUACAAAAAUCCCUGGAACAGAUCAGAGCCGGCUGUGCACCGCAGGUCAGUGGCGUUUCUGGGUUUUUAAUGCGCAUUCAUUUCAGGGUUUGUUUUGGUAUUACCAAGUACACUCAUUUAUUUAAAAUACAGAUUAAAAAAAGGAAGUUUAACUGAUGACUCAAAUCCCUGGGUAUCCGUGCUGUUCUGCAGAUUUAUCAGUUUUUACUUACAUUUUCUAUACACAGGAACUGCACCAAAUAUAGUGCUGUUUAUUAAUAUAACUGUUCAUUGAAUAAUGUCUUAUAACAUUGUUGAUUGUUUUUAUUUUUUUAUA